GGGGCAGCGGGAGCCCAGGCGCAGUGUAGGUCGCGCCUGGCUGCGCUCAGCACAACGGCGAUCCGGCUCCCUGGUUUCCGCACCCUCGAGAGUCCCACAGCGGGUCAUCACCUCUCCGUGGCCUGGGCCACUCUUCGGUCCCCAGCAGGGGAGGGAGGGGGAACUCGGAGUGGGUGCUGGGCACCCUGCAUUUUACGCAGUUGAUGUUUGGCGUGCCCGGCGGCUAGCACACAGUCUUGAGUUCGCGGCUGGUCCACACCCUGCUUUCCCGCUGGUUCGAAGUCUCUGCGGCUCCCAGGCUUUGCUCUAGCGGACUGGAGAGGCCAGCGUGGAGCUCUGGGGACGUGGGGGACGGACUCUUCGGGAGUCCCCAGUUCCGCUCUGACUGCACUCGGGAACUUUGAGCUGCGUUUCGGGUCUUUGUCUCCCUUGGGAGAAGCUGGACUGCGGUUUGGCAGGCCCGGUCCCUGACCAGGACCGCACGCUGGGGACCAUGGAGUUCACCGCGUCGCCCAAGCCCCAGCUCUCCUCUCGAGCCAAUGCCUUCUCCAUCGCCGCGCUCAUGUCCAGCGGCGGCCCCAAGGAGAAGGAGGCAGCAGAAAACACCAUCAAACCCCUGGAACAAUUCGUGGAGAAGUCGUCCUGCGCCCAGCCCCUGGGUGAGCUCACCAGCCUGGAUGCUCACGCGGAGUUCGGCAGCGGGGGCGGCAGCCCUUCCUCAUCCUCUCUCUGCACAGAGCCACUGAUCCCCACCACCCCCAUCAUCCCCAGCGAGGAGAUGGCUAAAAUCGCCUGCAGCUUGGAAACGAAGGAGCUCUGGGACAAAUUCCAUGAACUGGGCACCGAGAUGAUCAUCACCAAGUCCGGAAGGAGGAUGUUCCCGACCAUCCGCGUGUCAUUUUCUGGAGUGGAUCCUGAGGCCAAGUACAUAGUCCUGAUGGACAUCGUCCCGGUGGACAACAAGAGGUAUCGCUAUGCCUACCACCGGUCCUCAUGGCUGGUAGCCGGCAAGGCUGACCCUCCCUUGCCAGCCAGGCUCUAUGUGCAUCCAGACUCCCCCUUUACUGGUGAGCAGCUCCUCAAACAGAUGGUGUCUUUUGAAAAGGUGAAACUCACCAACAACGAACUCGAUCAACAUGGCCAUAUAAUUUUGAAUUCAAUGCAUAAGUACCAGCCGCGGGUGCACAUCAUAAAGAAGAAAGACCACACGGCUUCCCUGCUCAAUCUGAAGUCAGAAGAAUUCAGAACAUUCAUCUUUCCAGAGACAGUCUUCACAGCGGUCACGGCCUACCAGAACCAGCUGAUAACCAAGCUGAAAAUAGACAGCAAUCCGUUUGCCAAAGGAUUCCGGGACUCCUCCAGGCUCACUGACAUUGAGAGGGAGAGUGUGGAGAGCCUGAUCCAGAAGCAUUCCUAUGCCCGCUCACCCAUCCGCACCUAUGGAGAGGAGGAUGUACUGGGGGAGGAGAGUCAAACAACUCCAAAUCGAGGAUCAGCCUUUACAACAUCUGACAAUUUGUCUCUCAGUUCCUGGGUGUCAUCGUCUUCUAGUUUCCCUGGAUUUCAGCAUCCGCAGACCCUGACUGCUCUUGGCACCAGCACAGCGUCCAUAGCGACACCCAUUCCUCACCCUAUCCAGGGUUCUCUGCCACCGUACAGCCGCCUGGGAAUGCCUCUGACCCCAUCUGCCAUUGCCAGCUCCAUGCAGGGAAGUGGUCCCACAUUCCCUUCCUUCCACAUGCCUCGAUACCAUCACUACUUCCAGCAGGGGCCCUAUGCAGCCAUCCAAGGACUACGCCACUCCUCUGCGGUGAUGACACCGUUUGUAUGACUCUUCUGAGAGUGGGGGAAGCUAGAUCCAGGAUGUGCAAAUGGGUAUGACAAUAUAGGAGAUUGAUGGGUGGGUGGGAGGUGGGGUAUUGGAGCGGGGGCUCUCCAGGAAAUACAGGACUCAUUAAAGCGGAGAGCUGGACUCACAGUAAAACCUACUUGUAAGGGAGUGCACCAUGGGCCAGGAUUCAUCUGUAGUUGGAUCCAGAAGAGAAUCAGUGUAAAGUUUAGCCAGCCCACUCCUACAACUAACAGAACAUCAGUUUACCUAGAAAGCUUAAUGAUCCAAGGCAAAGGAAUCCCACGGUGCGUUAUUCCUAGCGGUUAAAAGUCCUGUUGAUGCAGUAUUGUAUGAAAUCCUCGUGUAUAGCUUUUCUUUCUGCUUUCAACAGGUUCAAAGCAUCGUCCAGGAGGCAAUACUAUAUAGCAUAUUGAAAUGCUCAAGUCCAUUUCUCCCAGUAGAAAAUGGGAGCCAAUAGCGAAAUGUGUGUAGUGCUGUAGCUGAAGCAUGUUUAGUUUCCUUUAUGUCAGUUUGCUGGGGAAGGGGCAGAGUUAGUACGAAUGCGUCCUGUGGUGUGAAUGGACAUACGGUGAUGCCUUUACCAAGUUCCUGCCGUAUCCGCAGGCCGCGACACCAUAAGCUCUGUCUUUAUUCCUUCUUUUUUUUUUCCUAAUAAUUCUUUUUCUUGCAAAAACUUUUCAGUUAUGUAGAGGAAACCCUCUGUAUGCUAUUUUUAAAGUAAGAAGCUCUGUUAUUAUCAAAGAGGUUGGCUUUGGGGCACUGCAUUCUUGAUAAGCUGCUGGCAUCGCCACUGAGGACCUCUCCAGAGCCCAUGCAAUGUGAUGGAUGAGGUUCUCCUUUACAGACUACAAUCAAAAUACAGUGGUUCUCUUCAGAGGGGAAUUUCUGUGUCAUAGGAGCCGAAGUCCCUUUUAUUUUCACUUCAGUGGUGGGGGAUCUUUUGCCUAUUAAAACAUACUGGGCCAAAUUCUGAUUUUUUAAAAUCUGCUUUAUUCCUGUCGCCAUUGUCAUCAGGGAUUUGCCAAUGACCAUUCUCCCACGGGCGGCUCACCAUGCUUUCAUGUAUGCUUACAGCAUGGAUGUGCCCUGCCUCUGACUUCUCUCAUCUGUCUGUGAUAUGUUUACGGACUCCUUUCCAUUUUCCUCAGCCGCCAACAUGAAGUUGCAUGUCAAUUCUGUGACUCCCUGACAGAAACACUAACAGUUCUUACCAGCAAACUAGAGCUUCACCCAGCUCUUGCUUCCUUCCUAAGCCUCUCCUCUAUAAGUACACUAGAGAUUAUGUUUUACUUCUAUAUAAUCAAUAUGUUAUUUUUGAACAACAUGUAUCUUAGCCUUUACAGUCAGGGCAACAAAUCUGGUAUUUUGCAAUAAUGCAUUUCCCUAAUCAUAUAGAUUUAUUCAAGUCAUUAGACCUUCAGCUUUGAAGACAGUGUGUUCCACCUUGAGGGUGUGACUGGUUUGCUUCACACAGUUCCCCUAAACUUUAUUUUGGUUUAAUUUUCAUAUGUGGUUUUUAUUCUGCUCUGUUCCUAUUUCAAAUGUGUUGAAUGUGCUAGAAGACAUGAGAAAUAGCACUCCUGACUGUAGAAGUGUAUUUAGGCAUAAAUGCAAUAUACAACAUCACUCCACAAUUUUUACUGGUAGUUUUGUGGAAUGACUUUCCAGGCCGAGUCCAACCUGUGAAACAGGGUACCACACACAGCCUGAGUGUGGGAUGCUGGCUUUAGAUGUUGCCCUUGAUAAUCUCCACAAAGUCCAUAGCUGAGUUACAAAGAAACAUGAUCUGUCAGGAAAACCAUAGUAAGCUCCCAUGCCACACACUGCGGGUGAAUCUAGCUUCUUGUGGGUCACGCAGUCAUAUGCACAGAUAGUUGGUUUCCAGACAAGUAUGGACAUGCAUUUCCUUUAAAAACAACUUGUGAGUGAUGUUUAAAAUAAACGCCCAUACAGCUAGGUUAUCGGAUUGGACUUAAUGAUUGGCCUCUUGCAAAAGUACCUUGAAACAAAACACUGCAGGAAAAACAAAGAUGCUAUUUUACAGGAUGCUGUGAUACUAAAGUGAAUGUAUGUCAGCAUUUUCUUUUCCAUGACAACAAAAGGAUUGUUUUAAUACUGUUUUUGUAGUUUUCCCAAUCUGUGUGCCUCACAGUAUGUUUGUGGGUUUUUGGUUGUUGCUGUUGUUAAAUAUGAUCUUUUGUCAGUACUUUUUAGAAUUUUGCUUGCAAUUCAGCAAUAUGAGAAUGAAACUGAGUGGAAGGCAUAGUGGCCAGCAAAGCGGGCUCUUGAAAUUUUUGCCCUAAAAUUCUUAACUAGAUGUUUGUUUCCCCAGUUGGUAUUACAUGAACCAGACAGAAACCACCCAAGGGAAAUGGGGUCAUGGGAAUGCCUGGCACUCAAGCCUGGGAGCCACCUGUAACUUUGGAACUUAUUGUGGUCUUCAAUUUUUAUAAAUCCCUUGGGAAUUUACUAUUUAAAAUCCGAAUGUUCAUUCCACCAAAACUGAAGACAAGAAUUAGAUAUUAACAGGUAAAUCCAAUUGAAUAAUAAUAACUAAGACUUACAAUAUAUCUGGAAUAAAGUCAGGGCUUCCGCUUUGCCUGGCCCAAUGCGGUGCUGCCGAAGACACCAGGCCAGGCUUGCUUCACUGAACUCUAACAGACUGGUUCAUAACUUACUGGAUUCUGACCCAUGCUCUGGUUUUAAAAUGUAACUCAAUAGUUCUAAGUUGAGUUGUGCCAAUUCUUUAUUUAGUGAAUCAUCCUACCAGCUUGCUGUCCUUGGCGUUCUUGUGGAAACACACCCAGUUGUGUCUGGCAUAUCAACAAAUGUUAGGUAGCAUUUCCUAGCUCAAUGGUCUGCUCCAUUGCUGGCAUUUUCAGCUUGUAACAGUGGUGUAUUGUUGGGAAGAGCUGCCAGUAUUUGUAGUGAGUGGGUACAGAGACAUAAAACCUCUUGAAAAGAGCUUGAUCAUGUAGCAGAAACAUUGUGUAGGGCUUUGUAUAAGAGCUGCACUGGCUUCUGGGCCAUUCUUAGAUCUUAUCUCCCAACCACUGGCCAAAUGUCUGCCAUUUUGCUUCUCCAGAUACAACUCUCCCCUCCCUAAACACAGUAAUAAAAACAAAGGGAAUCCUUUACAUGCUCAAGAAAUAUUAGAAAUGAAACCUCAUGCCUCACAUUGCCUAUGAGCAUUUCAGGGAGAUGUUAGAAUAUUUAUCUUAUUUCUUUAUUUCAGAUUAACUUUUCAAGCUACAUUGCUAAUAUAGAGGACAAAGGACAAUUAUGUUAGGAAAAUUACCUAUAAAUAAAACGGAUGGGAGGACUUCCCACUCCUUCAGAUAGGCAGGCAAGCUCAGUGGUGACUUUAGUCCUUAAUGAGCAGGCUAACACACUACAUUAAAACUCAUGUUUUUUACUCAGUAUUCUAUUGAGUAAGAAAAACCACUUCCAUUGUUAAAUGGGCAGGGAACUGAUAACUGUUACAAACAAAACAAUACUCACUCUGACAAAGCAGUAGACAAAAGAAAAAAAAAAUUAGCUCGUUCCUCUAGAGAGUUACUGCAGGAAGGAUGAGUUUUAUAUUCAUUUUUUUUGUAUUGUCUUAGAAUGAAAGGCAUUGCUACAAACAAGCAAAGGGAAGGUUAUAAACCUUUAAAACAUUAAGAAAGCAUAAACCCUUUUGUCAUGGCUUACUAUUCUGUACUACUAGAAAACACCAAAACACUUAUUUUUCCCCUGAAAGCUACAUAUAGGAAGGCUCAUUUAAGUAUUUGAUGGGUUAAUAAUCCCUAAGUAUUUUUUAGCUUUAUUUAUCUGCCUCUCUCAUAUAAUUUCAAUCUCUUCCCCUUUUAAAGAAAGCAUCCUGUAAAGAAAAUAAAUUGUGUGUGUGUGCAUGUAUGUGUGUGUGUGUGUGUGUGUGUGUGUGUGUGAAAUAGUACAUCUGGACAAAAGAUACAAUUUCUUGUAUUUUACUUCUAGCACAAAGACAUAUGGUAUUAAGUUGCUUUUUAAAAAAUUGUCAGAAAUCUGAAGUUCUUUUGUUAGCUAAAGUAUGAAAUUCUGUAUCACCUGUUAGGCAGACUCUGUCACAGUUUCCUUGUUUGCUGUGUCUUCAUUUGCUUAAUGAAUUGCGUGGAAAGGUCACUGUAAUGCAGUGUGUGGGGUGGGGGAAGGGAGUGGGAAAUGUUCUAUGGGGAAAAAAUUAUAAGCCUAAUACUAUGAAGUAACAUCUAAUGAAGUUCUGUUUAAGUGCAAUAUAUUUAUUUCUGCCAGAAAUGUAUUAUCAACCUUAUGUAAUAUUUGAAGCAUAACAUGUUAUUUGUAAACAGCUAAAAUUAUAUAUUAUCCCGAAUUGUACAGAAGCAUUAA